UACAGCGCUGAAUACCUUCGCGUGUUGCUACUAGAGAAAAGCUUGGACUGAUUCAAAAACUCUGGCCAAUCCCGAGUCACAUGACUCAACAACCGGCAGCGAUAGAGAGCGCAAAAGGGACGCAGAGCCUCGGUACACACAAUCCUGCACACCACCAACCCGCCACCGCUAUACGCCCAAUUUCUUUUUAAUAGAAACGUUUUACUCCCGCUCGCAGGCAGUGCUGCAGGACUACUAGGAUGACUGGGAAGACCCAGACCAGCAACGUGACCAACAAGAAUGACCCGCGCUCCCUCAACUCCCGCGUAUUUAUCGGCAACCUCAACACAGCUGUGGUGACCAAGGCCGACAUCGAGGCCAUCUUCGCCAAAUAUGGGAAGAUUGUGGGAUGCUCGGUGCACAAGGGCUACGCCUUCGUUCAGUACGCCAGUGAGAGGAACGCCAGGGCAGCCGUGGCCGGAGAGAACGCUAGGGUCAUCGCCGGACAAUCACUAGUGUCCAACUGUGUCUCCCAGCAGGCAGUGCUGCAGGACUACUAG